GCGCGCUGCGUUUUUUAUGAGAGUUCUUAGCCGCUCGUCGUUUUGUGUACAUAUGUGUCUGUGAACAAAACGCAGCCCAACCAUAAAAGAAAAAAACCUGAAAAGCACCUAACAGUUACACCACUGUCAUGCUGAUGCUGCCUCGCAAUUGUUGCACUUGUUAAGGGGUGCCACGAAGUGUCUUCGGAUGUGCUCGAGCGUGCCGAGAGGACAUAGAGCUACCACUAGACGACUGCACAGACGGAAGGGGCAGCAGGGCGACGGACGCCUUCCUAUCGUGCAAUCAGGAACCACUUUGGAAGUAUUCACAGAGUCCGGCAUCAUCUGAAAAAUGUCACGUUCUCGAAACCAGGAGCCCAACGAGCCGCCGUACAGCGAGGGCGAUGUGGUGUGGGUUAAAAUACACAACACAGAGAUCUGGUGGCCCGGCGAAGUCACCUUGUCACAGAACUUUCGAUUCGUGAAGGCCAGCCGGCCCCCCUUUGCAGUUGUUGCCUUCUUCAACGAGAAAACAUACGAGCAAGUCGCAUCAAACAAACUGAUUCAUCCCUUUGAAUGCUCCAAAAAGGAGGAGUUCAUCCAACGCGGCAUCCGAAAAGCCGAAGGUAUGAGCACGGAAAUGCGGGUCAAGUUCAAUGACGAUGUCGCGCUGGCUGAGUCCCGUAACCAUCAGCAACGGCUGAGUGCGCACGCCGUUGCGCGUCCGGACAGCCUGAUCAAGGCGCUCCUCUCGAGCAACAGCAGCAGCCAGAGCGGCAGCACUCGCAGCUCCAACGGGCCGUCCUCGACGCCCAAGCAGGAGUCCACGUUCCGUAUUAUGGACAUUGCGCGCACGGCCGACCCGGUCCCGGAGCGCUUCACCGAGGCCAGCUACGAGUGCAGCACGUGCAGUUUCCGCACCAGCAGCAUGAAUGUCCUGCUCAUCCACCGCCGCGGGCACCUGGAGUCCUCCAGCAAGUACAGCACUAGCAGCAACAGCAGCCAAGACGCCAGCACCAGCCCUAGUCAGAGCCCCAGCAGGCAGACGCGAUCGGCCAGACGCGCCAACACCACACAUGAGCUCGAUUCUCCCACACAUUUCGGUAGGCGCCGCCGGGAGAGCAGCAACCACUUCCGUGUCCACUCGCGCCACGUCUCGAUUAUGGUGGACGCCUCGCUGGGCGACGAGGCCCAGCGGAGAGUGGCCUCUAUAGCCCAGAUCACGAUGGAGAGCAUCGAGCGUAUGGUGCAACCCAUAGUCAAUAACAACAGCAACUCCAGGGCGUCCUCGCCCCGCCGUGAACGCUGCCAGAACCGUCGGAACCCCCGCAGUCAGCGCAUGAACAGGUUCCGCGCCACGAUGCCCGCCCCUGAUCAGACACCGGCCAAGCAGCGCCGCCUCACGCGCUCCAUGACCCGUCGCCAGCAGGACUUUUCUCUAGCCGAUGGGCAGCCGCCAUCGCCGCCAACGCCAGCUCUGCCACCGCCGCAAGCGGUUCCGCGGCGCAGUGGCGCCCGCGGCCUGGCUGUUGAAAGACGCCGCACCUUGGCGGCGACCAUCACCGAGCAGGCCUUGGCCGUGUCCAAGCGGGCCAGCCAGUCGAGGAAGUCGCUGCUGACAACAACCGUUCCAGUCCAGGUGCGAGAUCCCAUCUCGCCUGAGAGCAGUGCCCCGAAAGCGAAGCGCCGCAAGAAGGCAGUCGCGAAGAUCGAAUUUUCGGACGCUGCUCCAGCAGUCGGCGAAGCAAAGAACUCCGAAAACGUUGCCAGUAGCUCCGGAAACACACUUGAAGCACACUUAUUGCUGCCGCAGAAUGAAGUUCUCCCCAAGGACUCGGCCCAAGGACCGGCAACAGUAACAGUAACAAUAACAGCAACAACAACAACAGGAAAAGCGCAGACACCAAAUGUAAACUAUUCGCAGCCGCACUGCACAGACCCAGCUGCGGCCUCCUUGGAGCUUCAGCUGAGUCUGAUGGCCGAGUGGUGCGACGACGAGUGCGAGGAGCCCUUGGGUGGCUCAAUCGAUCCCAAAGCAACUAUGGAAAAAGCCCAGAACCGGGAGAAGGACGUGGAACAGAACAGGGGUGUCGCCGCCAAGAAGCGCAUACGCAACAUACCAAAGAAGGACCGGCGGGACGUGGUGCUGCAGGAGUUCCACGUGGACAGAAGGCUGGAGACGGGCGACGAACCGAUCAUCAUUCAGGACAGCGAUGCCAGCUCCAACGAGAGCGUCGUUUUUAUUGAGGAUGAGGUUUCGACGCGCGACAGAACCAAUGGCAAUGACAAAUCCAAGGCCCACAACACUUCCUCGUCCUGCUUCGACUUCUCAGAGGAGGAGGACCUGCAGCAGCAGGAUGGAGCGAAUAGGUUAAGCUACAGACGUCACACCAACCGCCAUGAGGCCAAUACCAAGGGCACUGGGGACAUGGAAGAAGGUCUCGUGUCGCCCAUCCUCGCCAAGGAAGCCGUAAAGCUUCCCCAGCCGGGACAAGCGGCGACCGCACGAGCCAGAUCCAAGGUCACUGCUUCCAAUGACGAAUUGUUCAAGGGCUUCGACGAUGGGCUACAAAUGACAGCCGCAGCCGCAGCCGCAGCCGCCACCGCAGCAGCAGACGCAGCAGCUGUCCAGGCCAGUCGAACUGCCAAAACGAUCGCCGAUCAGGAAACUGUGCCUCGCUACGCUGAGCCCGAGCCAGAUGAAGCAGAGCUCGAGGCCGAUCAGCUGAGCUUGCCCAUUAAGGAGCGCCAGAAGCGCAUUUUUAAGUCGCGCAACAAAUCAAUACAGGCAGCGCCGAAGGACGAAAGCCAUCCAACGUCGGAGUCCGCACUGGCUAGCGACGAGGAAGCCGACGAAGCCGACGAAGCCGAGGGUGCCGGCAGCAACGGCGCCGCCUCUCUUCACCUGGACAAUGGGGGAGGAGCCUCUCCCCAGCCCCUCAAUAGCGGGUACACCAGCAGCACGAGCGACAGCAGCAGCAGCAGCGGCAGCAGCAGCAACAGCAGUAGCAACAGCAACAGCAACAGCAACAGUAGCGGAGAAAGCAGCAGCGGCAAACGUCAUCGCAGCAAGCCCAGGACGGAUCCAUCCCGCAGACAGCAGCGGCGCUCCAAGGCUCGGUUCAAGCUCAAGCCCGAAGCAACGGUCGAGGAACUUACCAACAUUUGUAGCCGGAACAGCAAUAACAUCUCCAACUGCAGCUCCAUAUCGAACACGAGUGGAAUUGCAUCGCCGCUGCUCAGCUCCAGCACGAGCUGCUCGAUUGCCUCCAACAUAGCGGUGAUCUCGGCGGAGGAGGCACGGGAGCUGCAACGAACCGCGUCGGGGGCAGGCCUCAUUAAUGCAGCCAUUGUGGAUGCCACACAGCCUGUGCAGCGCGGCGGCGUGCUAAUCCUGGAGGACAUACGCCUGCCCAACCUCUACGAUCGCCUUCCCUUCGGCAGCCUACAUUCUUCGGACAGCAACGACAGCCGGCUUCAAAAGACAAACCACGAGGAAGCCGCCGUCGAGGAGGAACAGUCGGGAGACACAGAUGAGCAGGAUUCGGAAGUCGAAGAACAAAGCGUACCUCAUGAAGCCAAUCGCCAACUGGCGGCCAAUGGCGUCAAUAUAAGCGAGCAGGUGCUGGACGAAGACCACGGGGAGGAACAGCAAGAGGGGGAGCCUGGCCCAGAGCAAGAGCUCGAAUCUGAGCAGGAGCUUGAGUCUGAGCCAGAGCUGGAACCGAACCAGGAGAUAGACUCUGAGCCAGGGCAAGAGUCGGAGCCGGAGCCGGAGCCAGAGCCAGAGCCAGAGCCAGAGCCAGAGCCGGCGUCUGAGCAAGAGACAAAAUUGGCGGCCGCAACUGUACUAGAGUCGCGAGAGCCAGUGUCCUUUGUGCCCCAAAAGCGGGAGCUGCUUUUGAAGAAGAGAGAGCAAGAGCUGCUGCGCCAGUACGAGGCUGAUCUGGUUAGCGGACGGAGUGUUGAGAAGUGCCGAAGGGCGCGGGAGCGCUGGAGCCAGGUAGUACAAUCCACAGGGGACUCGUCUCUAGAUACAAAUGAGGACCAGACACUGAAGUCAGUGUCUCCGGACGUGGAAGCAGGAACGCCCGAGGAGGACGAAACUAGUCAAGCAGAACAGGAGCCAUCGCCCUCAGAUGUGGAUGCGGAGGAGUCCGAUGUGGAGAAGCCAUCCGCGCUGGACUCUCAAAUCGAUAUGAGCCUUAUAGAGUCGGUGAACUCGUUACUAGAGCCUCAGCGCCAGCUCGUUUCAGGAGAGCUGGUGGUGCCAUUGGAGCUGUCGCUCCUCGCCCGGCGCUCCAGCAGCCAUUCCCGUGCCGAUUCAUCAGUUACCACCACCACCACCACCAACACCACCACCACCACCACCACCAGCACCACCACCACCACCACCGCCACCACCACCUCCCCGUCCAAGGGCAGGGCCCUGAGCUUUGCCCAGAUCUUGUGCGACGACGAUGUGGCCAAAGCCCACCAGCAGCUGGAAGACCUCCGUGACGCUUCGCAGCGCCGUCGCUCCAGCUCGUUGCCCAUGCCACUGCUGCAGCUUGGGCAGCGGCGCCAGCGCCGACGCUCGCGUAAUGUGGGGAGCGACCCCGUCGAGACGUCGUGCGAUCCGAAGGAGCAACAGGAGAGUCCAGACAACCCGCCCCAGUUGUCCUCUGGACGCAUCUGCGCUGUGAUGACUACUCCCAUACCGGGCUACAAUCACACAUUUAUGCUGUGCUCGCUGGCCAACAACAACUUCAUGCCGUUGAACAACGUGGCGUUGUACCUGGACAGCGAGAAGAACCACCUGGUGCCGGUGCCGCGAGAGGCGUUGCGUGAGCCACCGCGACUUGCAGACGGACAUCCGAUGUCGGCUGUAUUUGCGGACAUUGACUUCCGCGGUGGCCAGGCUGUGGCUCAGGUAGUGGAGCCGGCGGACAUGGAGAUGGAGAUGAGCGUGGACUUUGAGCAGAACAGCGACGAGCCGUUCGACUCCCUGGAGCAGCAGGUCUCGGUGGAGUCGUCGGCGCAAAUCGUUAACAGUCACUCGGAAGAGACCACCAACGAUAACAAGCAGGUGGAAAUACUGGGCAUCAUGACGCCCCUAAGCCAAGUGGCCAGCUUCGGUGGGGCCCUCAAUGUGGACGAGGAGCUGUCGCUGCACGAGGACCAGCUGGAGCCCAACGUACUGCAUCUCAAUGUCAACGGCCAUCGCCUGGAACUGGACCCUUCGGUGCUUUUCAGCAUUGCGGAACAGCCAGACUCUUGCAUCGAGCUGAAUGUUACUGAGACUGAUGCCAGCGGUGGCAGGGCCGUGCUGCAUGCCCGCGAUAUACUCCAAGCAGCCCAGGCGUAUCUGCAGGAGCGCGACUUGCAGCUGGUCAACGUGGAAGACAUGACCUUAGACGAGGAGGAAGUCGGUGGAACAGCGGCCAUGACAGUCCCCGCCACAGACCUGCUGGCCGAAGCACUGGCGGACAGCCAAGUGGUCAACGAGAUUGAAUAUGUCAACGCUGCCAACGCUAGUGUGGCUUUGCUACACAUAGAGACACGCACCUCCGCCGCUGGCCUCAUGGACGUUGGCGACGACGGACCCGAGGGCGUCGUGUUCGUCUCUCACGUGCUGCCGCCAGCGCCUGCCCACCUCACGCCACCCAUCACGGCUCGCACCAACGAAACGAAUGCGCUCCUCAACCAGACGCCGAUUAUGUCCACGCUGGAGAAUCCGAGCGCUGUGCAGCUGAGCUGCGUCUCACCCCUCGGCGAGGUUAACCUGGAGGACAGUUUGGCCGUCAUCGGCGUCACAAACACCAAUGGCAUACCCACCUCGCUGGAGCUCCCAAUCACCGUCACGAAUCCGGCUAUAGCUCCCCGCGUGACAGCCCCCAUCCCAGAAUUAAUGCGAUUCGCCCCCUUUCAGUAGGGCGACAUGUAUAUCGCGAAGACGUCGUUUUUUUCACCCCCCAAUUUGUUUUUUUUUUUGUCGUACACAUAAGCGUUUCUUGUAGCCUUAGUAGAUGUAACGGAAGCAUUUUAUGUUGAGCGUAAAAGAGGGAGAUACACUAAUUUUGUAACCUUUUGCUAGUUUAAUUCAACAUAAAGAAGCGAUCAAAUUGUGAUGUGGCACAGCGCAUACAAUCUCGAUGUAUCUGCAUGAGCACGCAUGGAAUAGUUCCCUAACCUAAGGUUUUCGCCUUGACAACGUUUCCCCAUUUACAUUGCAUUGUACAUUGUAUGUGCAGCAAAAUAAUAAUAAUAAUACACUAGCAAGUAAGUUACGUAAUGGACACUGUCGCAGGAAAAGCAGCAGUAUGCGAAAGAAGAAGCAGCGAUUGCGUAGUAGGAUUAAGAUGCUCCGAUCCGAGCGCCCACAUGCAACAAGCAAACAGCACAUAGACCAUAUAAGAUAAAAGUUAGAAGAUAGACAUGUACACAACUGAACUCCAAGCGAAAUUUAUAUUUUAUAUAUUACGUCGCAUACGUCGAUUGACAAAGAAAAAUGAAUGUGUAAACUAAAUACCGCGAAGCAUAUUGCUUUGACCAGGCAACGAACUAAAUAAAGCCAGCAUAAUCCAAACA